AUGCUCUCCAAGAGGCUACUAUUGGUGGCUGCAAAAGUUGGCCGGUCUUCAUUUAAUGGCUUUGGUACGAGUGGUCGAUACUGUGCAGCUGGUGCUGAGGUGUUGAAGAUUUUGGAGGAUCGCAUUAGAGGACAAGAAUCUACGGUAAAUCUGGAAGAAACAGGAAAAGUGCUCUCAAUUGGAGAUGGUAUUGCUCGUGUUUAUGGUCUUAAAAACAUUCAAGCAGAGGAAAUGGUUGAAUUUGAUUCAGGAAUGAAAGGUAUGGCAUUGAAUUUGGAACCAGAUAACGUUGGCGUCGUAGUGUUUGGUAACGAUAAAAUUAUUCGAGAAGGUGACAUUGUAAAACGGACGGGAGCAAUUGUCGAUGUUCCUGUCGGAGAGGCCUUGUUAGGACGUGUUGUUGAUGCGCUAGGUAAUCCGAUUGAUGGUAAAGGGCCUGUCAAAUGUGUGGAGCGAUCGAGAGUUGGUGUUAAAGCCCCAGGCAUCAUCCCACGCAUUGGUGUGCGUGAGCCAAUGCUUACUGGAAUUAAAGCUGUUGAUUCUUUGGUACCUAUUGGACGUGGACAGCGUGAACUCAUCAUCGGGGAUCGACAAACGGGAAAAACAGCGAUUGCGAUCGAUACAAUCAUAAAUCAAAAACGAUUUAAUGAAGGUAUGGAGGAAAAAAAAAAACUAUAUUGUAUAUAUGUUGCGAUUGGACAGAAACGAUCAACUGUUGCCCAAAUUGUGAAGCGCCUUACUGAUACUGGUGCGAUUAAGUACACUAUCAUUGUUUCGGCUACUGCCUCAGAUGCUGCACCCUUGCAGUAUUUAGCACCUUAUUCUGGUUGUGCGAUGGGAGAGUAUUUUCGUGAUCAUGGAAAGCAUGCAUUGAUCAUUUACGAUGAUCUUUCAAAACAGGCUGUUGCUUAUCGACAAAUGUCACUGUUGCUAAGACGUCCUCCUGGACGAGAAGCCUAUCCAGGCGAUGUCUUCUAUCUUCACUCUCGCCUUUUAGAGCGAGCAGCGAAGAUGAAUGAUUCUCAUGGCGGUGGCUCUUUAACUGCUUUACCAGUCAUUGAAACUCAAGCUGGUGACGUUUCUGCUUACAUUCCAACCAACGUGAUUUCAAUUACGGAUGGACAAAUAUUUUUAGAAACCGAAUUAUUUUAUAAGGGAAUACGACCUGCAAUCAACGUGGGGUUAUCAGUUUCAAGGGUUGGCUCAGCUGCACAGACAAAAGCAAUGAAGCAGGUUGCUGGUUCAAUGAAACUAGAGCUUGCUCAGUAUCGUGAAGUAGCCGCGUUUGCUCAGUUUGGUUCUGACCUGGAUGCUGCGACGCAGCAGCUUUUGAAUCGUGGUGUGAGAUUAACGGAACUUCUUAAACAAGGACAGUACGUACCAAUGGCUAUUGAAGAGCAGGUAGCUGUCAUUUAUGCUGGCGUUAAAGGACAUCUCGAUAAAUUAGAUCCCUCUCGUAUAACAGUAUUUGAGAGAGAAUUUUUAAUUCACAUCCGGCAGUCACAAAAAGAAUUACUGAAAACAAUUCGUGAGGAAGGGCAGAUCACUCCGCAGACUGAUGCAAAACUAAAAGAUUUAGUAACUUCAUUUAUAGCUAGUUUUAAGGCAUAA